AUGGAUAAAUCUUUGGAGGAGUAUAGAGACACCAUGAUGAAAGCCUUCAAAGAGCCUCUCUCACAUCGAGAUAUCUCUGACAUAUGGGACAAUCUGCGAGAACGUCCUACAGACCUUUGCGGUGCAGGAAAAUCGCCCAUUACAUGGAAUGAAGUAUGGAAGUCUACGCCUGAAAUUCUGGUCCCACCGCAAUAUUGCGAGCAAUACGUUGGGUUGACUACAGUACAACGAAUGUAUCCUGACAAUGUUUUAUUUUAA